ACAACUGCACAGCCAACAACUACAACUGCACAGCCAACAACAACUGCACAGCCAACAACAACAACUGCACAGCCAACAACUACAACUGCACAGCCAACAACGACAACUGCACAGCCAACAACUACAACUGCACAGCCAACCACUACAACUGCUCAGCCAACCACUACAACUGCUCAGCCAACCACUACAACUGCACAGCCAACAACUACAACUGCACAGCCAACCACUACAACUGCUCAGCCAACCACUACAACUGUGCAGCUAACAACUACAACUGCACAGCCAACAACCACAACUGCGCAACCAACGACAACUGCUCAGCCAACCACUACAACUGCGCAGCCAACCACUACAACUGCUCAGCCAACCACUACAACUGCACAGCAAACAACUACAACUGCACAGCCAACCACUACAACUGCUCAGCCAACCACUACAACUGUGCAGCUAACAACUACAACUGCACAGCCAACCACUACAACUGCACAGCCAACAACCACAACUGCGCAACCAACGACAACUGCUCAGCCAACCACUACAACUGCGCAGCCAACCACUACAACUGCGCAGCCAACCACUACAACUGCGCAGCCAACCACUGCUCAACAAACCACAACUGCUCCUCCAGUCACCACAACUACCGCUCAACCAGCUGCCACAACUACAGCGCAACCAGCCACUGCAACUGCUGCACCAGUCACCACAACUGCUGCCAGACCAGCCUCCACCAUAAUCUACACCGAUCCACCUCUGCUGGACAUCUGUUUGGAUCCCACUAAUCCAGCAGAAAAUGAGGUGUGGCUGACUACGGGAAGCACUGACAGUUUCACUUCUCCAAACUAUCCUUCGAGUUACGGAAGUGGAGACGAUAAGGAAUGGGUUUUUUGUGCCUUAAAUUCAGCAGACAGGAUAAUGAUCACCUGCAGCGACUUCCAGGUCGGAGGCUUCUUCUUAGGCUGCACGGAUGACACAUUGCUCAUCACCAACACCGAGGCAUCCAUCAGUGAAUAUUGUACGACGGACGGACCACAGCUCGUAAAGACGACUUCACGAGGAACCACAGUUACCUUCACGACCUCGACGUCAAGUCUUUACAAGGGCUUCACCUGCACUGCCCAAGCCGUGAGGGAAACAGACUGCAACAGCGUCACCGACCGUGCAAGUUACGAGGUGUGGUUAGUAAAUGGAAUCAGUGAGACCUUCACAUCCCCGAACCAUCCAGAUAAUUAUGGCAGCGGAGACAGCAAAAGAUGGGUUUUCUGUGCUGUUGACCCCAACGACCACAUCCAGAUAUCGUGCAGCGACUUUGACGUUGGAGGAUUCUUUUUCGAGUGCACAGACGACACCGUCACCAUUUCCAAUGUUGAUUCCAAAAUUAGCAACAAAUUCUGCUCGACUAACGGACCGAAAUUCGUGGACACGAUUGAACGCGACACCGUGGUCACUCUGUCCACCGGAUCGGCAUUUGGCUCUCCGGGUUUCAGCUGCACUGCCACGGCGCGCAGAACUCUGUGUCAAGACCCUAUCAACAGAGAUCCAAAUGAGAUAUGGUUGAUAAACGGUCAAGAGGAGUCUUUCACUUCCACGGGUUAUCCGUCAUCUAACUACGGCAGCGGAGACAGCAAGGAAUGGAGGUUCUGUGCGGUCGACAGCAUUGACAGGAUAGAGGUGUCCUGUGAUUCCUUCCAAGUCGGAGCGUCCUUCUUCGGCUGUCUGGAUGACACCCUUACCAUCUCCAACGUCGAUUCGGAAAACGAAUACUGCGGGAUCGCUGGGCCCCAGGCCGUGAAGACGAAUGAGAGAGGAACCAGCGUCAAGUUCGACGUUUCAACUGGAAGUAUCUACGAUGGAUUCAGCUGCACCGCCAAAGCUGUAAGAGCUGAGAUAUGCAUGGACCCUCUCAAACCAGCUGCAAACGAGGUGUGGUUACUGACCGGUAUUAGCAGCAUCUUUACUUCUCCAAACUAUCCUGCGAACUACGGGGACGGAGAUAGCAAAAACUGGAUAUUCUGCGCCAUUCAGGAAACCGAUAGGAUAUCAAUAAGUUGCAGCGACUUCACAGUUGGAGGAAAGUUCAUUGUUUGUCUUGAUGACUCGAUGACCAUCUCCAACGCCGACUCAGGAGUGGGUCCAUUCUGUGGGACCGACGGACCUAACUCCGUGGUGACAACUCAGCGAGGAACAACUGUCAGCUUGUCCGUCUCACCUGCAUUCCACUACAAAGGAUUCAGUUGCACCGCCACGGCUGUCAGUCAGUAGUGAACACCUCUGGCAAAUACACUACUAACUUUGGUGGCAACAGAAUUUCCAACAUACCAUUUGUUCUUUAUGCCAUGAUACUGAUUUCUCAAACAUCGUGAAUAUCAGUGGUCAAUCCUCUCAUUAACUAAUACAGCUAAUUUUGAUUAAUCUGUGCUUUAGAGAAAGAUACUUUAUGGAUAUUAUUAAUAGAAUGAAGAGAAAAAUAUUUUACGUUUGCAACUUUUUUCUUUAUAUAAGUAUAACUGUAAUAAGUUUUGCAAAAUUUUCAGCCAUUUUAAUAUUGAAAUGAAUACAUUGUAAAUUAAAAGAUCUUUGUCAAAAUAUCUACCAGAAUAACGGGUUGCAGGUGAAUCAAUAAUCAAUUUAUUCAUUAACAUUUUCUGAGGAUGU